AUGACCGUGAUCUCGGGGAACAUGGCGGCGAGCAGUGAGGACAGCGGUGUGAGGAGAAGACGGGUGGACAGCCCGAGACAGAAGGAGACACAAACCGGGGACAGCGGAGGAGAACAUGCGGGAGACAAGGACUCGGGCUCGGACAAGGAGCACACAGCGGGGUCGCUACAGACCGGAAGCUACUGGCUCAGCCGCAUCGUGCUGCUGCGCUCAGUCGCUUUUAUUUACUUGGUGGCGUUCAGCGUUGCUUUCAACCAGAACAAGCAGCUGAUAGGUGAGCAAGGUCUGAUGCCCUGCAAGGACUUCCUCAACAGCGUCAAGCGCUACGUGGGGGGCAAGAUAGGCAUGGCCGCCCUCGCGUACACGCCGUCCAUCCUCUGGUUCUUGGACUGGAGCCACAUGGAUGCCAACCUGGAUGGCAUUGCCCUGGUGGGGAUGGCUCUGUCGGCGUGUGUGCUGGUGACGGGAAUGGCCAACAUGGUGAUCAUGGCGACACUGUGGGUGCUUUACCACUCGCUGGUCAACGUGGGACAGCUGUGGUACUCCUUCGGUUGGGAGAGCCAGCUGUUGGAGACCGGCUUUCUGGCCAUUUUCUUGUGUCCGGUCUGGACUCUGUCCCAGGUCCCUCGCCGCUGUCCCCCCUCGCUCGUCUGCAUCUGGACCUUCAGAUGGCUCAUUGUCCGCAUCAUGCUAGGAGCUGGUCUCAUUAAAAUCAGAGGGGACCAAUGCUGGAGAGACCUCACCUGCAUGGACUACCACUACGAGACCCAGCCGGUUCCCAACCCCAUGUCCUACUACCUGCACCGCUCCCCCUGGUGGUUCCAUCGCUUCGAGACGCUGUCCAACCACUUCGUCGAGCUCGUUGUGCCUCUCUUCAUCUUCCUGGGCAGGCGGAUGUGCAUGGUCAACGGAGCGAUCCAGAUCCUUUUCCAGGCGGUUCUGAUCCUGAGCGGGAACCUUAGUUUCCUAAACUGGCUCACCAUUGUUCCCAGUCUGGCCUGUUUCGACGACGCAUCCCUUGGCUUCAUGUUUCGCUCCGGAGGCGGAGCCAGAGAGGCGGUGCUGGCGAUACAGAAUGACGAUGCAGCUGGACGCACCCACAAACCCACCAAAGGUAUGAGGAUACGCCGGGUGGUGAACAUUUGUUUGGGCAUUCUGAUUGGCUGCUUGAGCGUCCCAGUGGUGACGAACCUGUUGAGCUCCAGGCAGGUGAUGAACACCUCCUUUGACCCGCUGCGCAUCGUCAACACCUACGGGGCCUUUGGCAGCAUCACCAAGGAGCGUACCGAAGUGAUUUUCCAGGGCACUCUGAGUCCAGAUCCCAAGGACCCAGAGGCAGUAUGGGAGGAGUACCAGUUCCUGUGUAAACCGGGGGAUGUUUACCAGAGACCGUGCCUCAUAUCACCGUACCAUUACCGACUGGACUGGCUCAUGUGGUUUGCUGCCUUCCAGACGUACGAGCAGAGUGAGUGGGUGAUCCACAUCGCCGGACGUCUGCUCUCCAACGACCGCACCGUCCUCUCCCUGCUCGACCAAAACCCCUUCCAUGGCAGAGACCCCCCCAGGUGGGUGCGAGGGGAACACUUCAGGUAUAAGUUUAGCCGGCCGGGCAGUGCCAGCGCAGCCGAGGGGAAGUGGUGGCUGAGGAAACGCAUCGGAGCUUACUUCCCUCCACUGGACCUGGAGGGACUCAGGGGCUACUUCCAGUCCAGGAACUGGCCCCACCCACACAUACCAUCAAAGAAGACGUAAAGACUCCACCUCAGAUAAUCGGCACAUAAAAGGAAACGGAGGACGACACACGCUGAUGUGUGGCUGAGGUCAGUUGCAGGACAACGCUGCUGGAGUCGAAAACUGUUACAAGGAGAGAAUCAAAGGACUCGUCAGGUUUUUCAGUUUUGUCAUGGAGACUUGCUUAAUAAAACAAUUUCUCAAAUCAA